CUUCCCCCACCGCCUCUUUUUUUAACUUCUAGCAGAAGUGCGGAUGUGAGUUGCAUAUUGAUACGGAACAGGCCGCCACUUUAUUUCUUUUAUAGCAAUGCGUGCCUAGGCAAUGAUCAUUUCGUGGAGCUAUGAAUCCAGAGGAGCAGACCGUAACGUGGUUGAUAUCACUCGGAGUGCUCAGCUCGCCUAAAAAGAACAUAGCGGACCCGGAGGAGUUUUUGAAAACCUCGCUGAAGGAUGGGGUCGUCCUGUGCAAGCUCACGGAGAGACUUAUACCUGGCUUUACUCCCAAGUAUUGCCAGGAUCCGAGAACUGAAGCCGACUGCAUUACCAACAUCAAGGAGUUUUUAAGAGGAUGCUCGUCUUUGAAAGUGGAGGGGUUUGAACCAGAGUGCUUAUACACUGGUGAGAACUUUGGCAAGGUGCUGACCACUUUGAUGGCAGUCAACUUUGCCACACAAGACUGUGCUGCUGAGAGAUGUUCGCAGUCCGGUGCCCACUCUCCUAGUCAGUCGGCAUCUUCACACACACUCUCCUCUGCCAAAACCAAAGGCUCUCUGCGUAGACAAUCCAAAUCAGUGGAGAUGUCUGAGAACGGUGGAGGUGGGCAGCUGAUGGUGAAGGCUCGCUUCAACUUCAAGCAGAACAAUGAGGAUGAGCUGUCCUUCAAUAAAGGCGACUUGAUCCAUGUGAUGCGGCAGGAGGAGGGGGGUUGGUGGGAGGGCUCCCUCAACACCAAGACGGGCUGGUUUCCCAGCAACUACGUCCGGGAGAUCAAACCCUGCGAGAAGCCUGUGUCUCCUAAAGGAACUCAGCUGACCAAGAACUACUACAGUGUGGUUGUACAAGACAUCUUGGAACAUGAGCGGGAGUUUGUCAAAGAACUACAAACAGUGCUGAGCUGUUAUCUACGACCCCUGCAAGCCAGCGACAAGCUGAGCAGUGCAGACAGCGCCACCCUGUGUGGAAACCUGGAGGAGAUACUCACCUUCCAGCAGGGACUGUGUGCUGCUUUGGAGGACUGUACCAAAGUCUCUGAAGGCCAGCAGCGAGUGGCGGGCUGCUAUUUAAACCUGAUGUCUCAGAUCAAGACUCUCUAUCUGGCUUAUUGUUCCAGCCAUCCUUCAGCUGUUUGCAUCCUCACUGAUCACAGCGAGGAACUAGACAAGUUCAUGGAGAGCCAGGGAGCCAGCGCUCCGGGGAUCCUGGCUCUGACCACCAGCCUCAGUAAGCCCUUCAUGAGGCUCGACAAAUACCCCACGCUGCUGCAGGAGCUGGAGAGACAUGUGGAGGAAGCUCACCCAGACUAUGCUGACAUUGUGAAGGCAACAGCAACAUGCAGGAGCUUAGUGACACAAUGCCAGGAAUUGCGAAAGCGUAGGAACCUGGAGCUCCAGAUCUUGUCAGAGCCGGUGCGGGGCUGGGAGGGAGACAGCAUGAAGAGCCUCGGUCACGUGGCCUACAUGUCCCAGGUCCACGUCAAAAAUGGGUCCAGUGAGGAAAAAGAGGAGCGCUAUCUAAUGCUUUUCCCUAACAUGCUAGUCAUGCUUUCCGCCAGUCCCCGGAUGAGUGGCUUUAUUUAUCAGGGAAGACUUCCGCUGACCGGCACCACAGUCACAAGACAAGCAGAGGAUGCAGACAACGCCCACUAUGCCUUGGACAUCACAGUAGUUCCCAGGAGUUACAAGAAUGGCUCGAUCAGCUUCAGCCCUUCACCAAAGGGGGCAGCCCUGCAGACUGUCGAAGGCAAGCCACUGAGCAUGGUCGGCCCCCCCACUCACCUGUCCCACCUGGGCAGCCUCAGCGCCGUCAGCCGUGGCCCCCUGGAGCCCCCAAAGAUCAGCAAGCCCUGGUCCCUCAGCUGUCUGCGCCCCGCACCCCCCCUCAAACCCUCUGCUGCUCUAGGGUACAAAGAGAGGAUGUCUUAUAUCAUGAAGUGUGUGUGUGUGUGUGUGUGUGUGUGUGUGUGUGUGUGUGUGUGUGUGUGUGUGUGUGCAGCGGUGCGGAAAGAGUGCGUCCCUCAGGUGCUCCUGCCAGAGGAAGAGAAGAUCAUUGUGGAGGAGAUGAAGAGCAAUGGGCAGACCGUUAUUGAGGAAAAGAGCCUGGUCGAUGCCGUGUACGCUUUAAAGGAUGAGGUUCAUGAACUGAAAAAGGAGAAUAAGUGGAUGAAGCAGUUUCUGGAGGAGGAGCAGAAAUCUCGCAAGGAGCUGGAGAGAGUGGUUCGAAAGCUGGCCAAGCAGAAGAACGAUUGUGCUUGGGACGACGGCGCCCACUGAACGCAUUCACACACUCAUCCUCAUCCCAGUGUGUGUAUGUGUACAUUUAUGUAAGCGUGCUUGUGGAGGAUCAGGUGUGCGCGCGUGUUUCUCUCUAUGUCGCAUCUCCCAUAUUACAGCAGUGAGUUUAAACCCCCCACCCCCCACCCACUCAAGACAAUGCUGUUGUUUUUGCUUCAAGUCCUGCUGGAGCUUGAUUUGACAUUUACAUUGAAAUCUGUCUUCCUGAUCUAACCGCAGUACAUGAGACCACAGAUGUGCUUCUGCUUCUUCAUGAAGCAGCUCAGCUAAACAAAGACUGGCAGGGCGGGUGUUUCAAACAUACUGCCUCUUGGCAACUGGCUGUGUGAACUCGGCCCCGACAAAUGGAACCAUUUUGGACAAGGACAAAAAGUACUUCUGCUGCUUCCUUUGCUUCAGUCUGAAAAAGAAAAGGAGUUCAGAGCCAUCAAGCCCAAUAGGAGUUCACUUGCAUGCACAAGGACUGUUUUUAUUCUCCUCAUACCACAACUUAUUUUGUCUUUGUCAAAAGGACAAGCAGGAAAAUUGAUUGAUUGAUUUUUCAAAAGAAUGUGCGAUUGUUAUUUUUGUACAUUUACAUUGACAAUUUCCGGGCCUUUUUUGGAGGUGUUUAAGCAAUUCAAACAGGUUAGAUCAUUAUGCUACAUUCAGUUUUUUUUCCAAAUGCAGCCUUCAACUGUUCAUUUAAAAACUGCAUGUGGUUCUACAGUUUAAAUUCUGCAUCAGAAAUGUGAUAAUCAUGAUAUUCAGAUAUAUAGUCCAAAGCUAUCAGGGAUGCAGCUUCAUAUUAUAUAAUAGAAAAGGCUUCACUAUGUAUCAUUUCUAUACAAGAGUACACAAAUAUUGACAGAUGCCACCCUUGCUCUCUUUAAUAAAAAUAUAUUCAAGUAUAAUUUGAACAUAAUUACAUAACCGUGCUUUAUUUUAAAGAGUAUUUAUUUUUCACCCAAGCAUUUAAUUGUGGUGUUAGCCUUAUAGAUCAACUGUUGCUGCCUUUACACCCGUUUGGAAUUUUAUUAAACUUAAUUGAUACGUAAAUGCAGGAAAGAAAAUACAAGGGAAAUGGUCAUUAUUCAUCAUAAAAAAGGAAAAUGACUCGACUAACGACAACAAAUGACUAAUAAUGAGUCUGACUGUAGAUUUCAGAGCAGCCUGUUUGUGGCCUGUUAACAUAGAGCUGAUAACAACAGGAAAUACAAAGAGAGAUUUAUUUGUGGGUGUAGAGCUCAACUGUUUAAGUGCCUCCCGAAGGGGUCCAUAGACUAAAGUUUAGGACCAGACUGGGACUAAAUGCAUGAUUUAUAUUGAAAGUGUCACAGGUGGUUUGUUGUAAUAUUUCAAUAAGAAUGUCUCAAGCUUAAUGGGAAUAUAUUGGGUCUGAAAAACAUGCAGGGCUUUGCAUGCUUUUUUUGAGAUGCAGCGUCUUCACAAAGGCCCACAGCGGUACAUUUCCUCAUGAGGUUGAGUGUGUGCUCUGUCAUCUUCUCUCGCUGCAAUGGAUGCUAAAGAUGCAAUAAGUGAUUGCUUAACUGGCCGACCUCUGGGUACGUGCCAGCAUGGUAGGCCAGAUUUGGAGAAAUUGCAAUAACAAUGAAUGAAUUAACCCAGUUUAUUAACCAAAAAGAGCCAGACUGUGUUGUUAAGCCACCACACAGGUAGGCGUUCAUUAUCUGCCUUUAUUUAAUCAAGUCUGUUGGUAUUGAUGAUUGUUUUUUUGCUCAUGUCCAGGUCCCAAUUUUCAUCACCAAUGAUCCAAAAUGUAAUAAUAUUGUAAUAAUGUACAAUCCCUGUUGGGAAGUGCUGAGCUGGGAGGUCAGAGCAGUGUGUAGGGUACCAGGCAGCCCCUCUUACAUCUGCAGCACAGUUAGUGUUUUGCUCAAGGGCACUUUCCUCAGCAAGGAAAAAAAGCUGAUCUUGAAUAGUUUUUUCUCAAUAGGAAGCCCAGUUGGCAGCCAGAUUCUCUCCAGCGUUACGGAGACUCUGCUUCCUGUACAGAUGUUUGCCAUGUCUUAUAUGUUCACUUUUAUGAUUAACAUUGCUGUUCUGCACCCUAAAUAGUUUUCGUCAAGUACCACAUACUGUCUUUUUUCAAUUCCCAAAAGCCUCAGCGAGCACUUACUGGUGUUAGGGGGUUGAACUUCGGUUUCAUCUUGUUAAUCUCCAGACCACUGUGUGUAUUGUUUUUUAAAGGUUCUAUGCAAUCAUUGUUGUUGCAAGUAUUGUUAUGUUUUUUUUUCUUCUAGACACUCUGUACUUUGUGUUUGGUAUGGUCAUUCUUUUAUUAAAAUUGUAAUAUAAUA